AAAAGAAAUAGCGAAAUUGGUUCCAUCACGCGAUCCUUCCUGGACUUUUCUUCGCUUUUCCUUUUUUUUGAUUACUGGUUCUGGUAUCUGGCUAUCAAACUUUACUCUUUUGCAAGAAUGGCGAUGACUGUCGAAGGUAAGGUUCUUGCUGGGCUUGCUUUCAUGUUUUCAGCUAGCAUUCUGCUACAAAUCCUGGCUUGUGCUCUAUACAACAACUGGUGGCCCAUGUUAUCAGCUCUCAUGUAUGUGAUCGUUCCUAUGCCUUGUCUAUUCUUUGGAGGUGGGUCCACUCGGUUUUUGACUAGCCGGGAUGGUGGAGGCUGGAUAGAUGCUGCUAAAUUCAUGACAGGAGCAUCAGCUGUUGGAAGUAUAGCGAUUCCUAUCAUCCUUAGGCACGCUGAUAUGAUUGAGACGAGUGCUAUGUUCAUUGAAUUCACAUCAUUUUUCAUAUUCGUAUGUACUGUCAUGUGCUUCCAUCGUGCCAGCCUUGAGGAUGACUGGUGACUUCCCUUAAGUUCGCAGUUGAGUUGCAUGCUGUUUUAUUGACUAGUUAUCGCAAUCAAUCAUCUGGGUCAAGGGAAAAGCAACAAAAAAAUCGCUCAUUUUUUUUAAUAUCAUUUUCGUGUAUAUUUUUUAAAAGGCACUGACAAACUCAUGCAGUCAUGCGUUGUUGUAUUGACAGAGUUUCCUUAGUGGAGCUAAUUGUAAGUAAAAUUAACUGCUUUGUAAGGCUUAUGAACUAGAGUAUAUGCUUCAAUAUUUGGCUACUACCUGCA